AUGUGGAAUUAUCUUAUGCCGAAAGAACCAAGCAUUUUCCGCCUUUCAAAAUGCUUGUGCGGUAACGAAAAAACUGAAGAGAUUCCGUACUUACGGGUCAAUCACAGAAAUAUAAGCGAAUGUGGUUUCAAAGUCCUGCAAAAAAGUUUAUUGAAUGAAGAGAAUUGCAAUGAACAAUGCGACAACGAAGACUGUGAUAUUUCUUCACAAUCGGUGGAAUUGCAAUACAAUUCGCAUAUUAUUAUCGAAACCGAUGUCAGAGAUAUGAUUGAUUUAAGGAAAUCAAUUACAUGUAGAGUUGACGAUUUUCCAGCUCACCUAAUUUUACAUGGAAAAAGUUACAGGUUGUCUGGAAUCAUCUGUUAUUUGCCAGGUCAUUAUUUUGCUUUAUGUAGAAGAGUAGACGGAAACUGGGAAAAACACGAUGAUUUAAACGAAAAUGUUCAACCCUUUCAUAAAGGAGACUACGAAAAGCAUUACACACCUUCAGCUGCAGUAUACAUUAGGGAUGAAAAUCAGUUAGGAAAUUCCGAUGAAGCUGCAUUUAGCAAAAAUAUAAAUUAUUUUGAAGAUUACGAUGCAGCUAGUUCUUUAAAAAGAGUCACAUUGACAGACGAAUUGAAAAAUAAAAUGGACGAUAUUAAACAUAAUGAAAGUGUGUAUUUGGAGCAUCCAUAUUCGCUUUUAAAAGAAAAAGACAACUGGCGUAACAAAUUAGAAAAAGAAGAUAGCUUAUUUAAUAAAACCAUUAAAAUUUCUCCAGUGGCAGUAACUGUUAAAAAAGCAUCAAGAAAAUAUAAAAAUAAAAAAAAAAAUAAAUAAAAUAAAUGACAUAGUACAAAGAAAACCAUAAAAAUUCUUCAAAGCAUGUCCAGACAUACAUGUCAGACAAACUGAAGUUGCGUUGGGUAAUAAUACUAAAAAGAAGACUUCAAUAAAAGUUUUGAGAAAUGGAAGCAAGACUUUGAGCCCCAUUGUUUUGAACAACCAAAAAUAUAUAAUUACAAACACGUGUACCUUCGACACAAUUGUUCAAAUCUUAUCAAUAGGUUUUGAAGACGCGCCAAUAUAUUUACAACAUAUCAAAAAUUCUAGAAAUGAAAUCUUGCAAUUCAUUUUGCUUAUCGUUGAAUGUCUCAAAAUAAAUAGCAGUAUUUACAUUAAAAGAUGCUCCAUUUUAAAGGACUUUUUUGAUUCUGAUAAUCCAGAAACCGAAAAAACCGACCGUAUAGCAGUAGGUUUAACAUCGCCAAACAUUUUGCAUUCCAUAAGUUGUCGUACAAAAAUAUUAACCAUGUGGAGUUAUCUUAUGUUGAAAGAACCAAGCAUUUUCCGACUUUCAAAAUGCUUGUGCGGUCACGAAAAGACUGAAGAGAUUUCGUAUUUAAGGAUCAAUCACAAAAUUAUAAUCGAAUGUUGUUUCAAAGCUCUGCAUAAAAGUUUAUUGCAUGAAGGGAUUUGUAAUAAACCAUGUGACAACGAAAACUGUGAUCUUCUUAUACAAUCAUUAAAAAUAGAAUACAACACUCAUAUAUUAUGAUUGACACUGAGAUCAAAGAAGCAGAAGAUGAAAAACAUCUUUCUUGUAAAGUCAAAGAUUUUCCGAUUUAUCUGACUCUGCUAACAGAAACCUACAGGCUGACUGGAAUAGUCCACCGGAAUUCACAAAAUCAUUACAUGGCUCUGUGUAGAAGGAUAAACGGCAAUUGGAAAAGAUAUAAUGACUACGAAACAGAAGUUCAUCCAUUCACUGCACGAGACUACAAUACGGAAUACAAGCCUUCAGCAGUAAUAUACAUAAGGGUAUAAUAUUAAGAAAGAUAUCGAAAAAACUUUAUAAAUCCGUUU